GUAAAAAAAAUACGGAAGAAGAAGAAGAAGGAACACUUCCACAACAACAAGCUGAAAAACAAGGAAGUGGAUGAUUGUAAACUGUUUUUAGGCCGAGAACUCCGAUUAAUCACAUAGACGCCAGACUCCGCAUCAUUUAAGAACAAUGAACAACAAAGGUUCCUAUCCACAGCAGGCUGUGUACCCUCAACAGAGCACUGCAUCUGUAUACCCUCCUGCUAUGCAAAUGUCUCCUCAGGCACCACCUUACACAGAUGCACCACCUGCAUAUUCUGAGAUAUACCAGCCCAGGUAUAUGCUUCCACCUCAGGUACCUGGUCAGGUGCCUCAGAUGUCUUCUCCCUACCCUGGUGCUCAGGUGUUUAUGCCCAUGCAGGCACCAAUGCCUGUGGGGCCGGUGGGGCAGAACGUCCCCAUGGCUUACUAUCCUAUGGGUGCCAUGUACCACCCAGGCUCCACAGUUAUGGUGGAAGGCGGUUUUGAUGCUGGUGCACGAUUCACAGGAGGUAGCACUGUGUCCAUCCCUCCUCCACCUCCCGGACAUCCUCCCAAUGCAGCUCAGCUAGCUGCCAUGCAGGGUGCCAACGUCGUAAUGACACAGCGUAAGGCUAACUUCUUCAUGGGUGGAUCCAGUGGCGGUUAUACCAUCUGGUAACAGCCAGUCCUCAAUUUCCUCUUCAUGUCUUCACCAUUCCCUGUCCCAAAUGAUGCCGCAGUCCUUCUCCCCUCCUUACGCCUCUCUCUGGCUGCUUGGCCAUGCCACAAUACUGAUAUCACCUAACAGAAUGUAAUAUUUUAGAGCCCCGGUGAAAGGUACAGUACUCCACUUCUGACCUCGAGAUAAAGUAUCACAAUCAGUUGUUGAAUUCCGCUGCCUAGAGAGGACAAACGGGGGAAAAGUAAAUAAAAAAAAAAUCCUUUUAACGUCAAAGUUCAUUCACGGUUCCUCAUGAGGACUAACCUCUUUGCUUAUUCCAUAUUGCACUCUUUUCAGGCUUGAACAUCAAUAGUGUACAAGACCUUUGAUCUAACGAUCACAAAUUACUUUGAAACAUUCUUGUAUACUCGUAAGCUAAGUAAACAAUGAAAUAUCUGAUCCACAUUAUGUAGUUUAGCUGCUUUAUGGUGAAAGUGAAAUGCAGUUAAAGCGAGAAAUCACCUUUUUUUGAAAAGUUGUAGUGUAGUUAAAUUAAUGUCUGUAAUACUAUAAUGUAAAUACCAGUAUGGUGAUCAUGAUAAAUUACAAUGUAACGAUACAAGGAAGAAAAAAAAAAAAAACAUCUUGUAAGCUUAAUGCUAGCGCUUAAUUUUUUUUCUUUUUUGCCUUUGCACAGCGUCAUGACAAAUUUGUUGCACAGUGAACUGUCCGAUUGUAGGCAGAUUCUAUUAAUUGAAAUCAUUUGUAAAUGAAUCCCAGUAUGUGAUUCAGUAAAAGAAGCCACGCAAUACCCAAAGUGGUUUACUGUACCUUGUUGGGCAACUUGUAGAUAAAACAUAGUCAAGUGCCAAAGAGCACUGGGAAUAGCCCUAAUUUAAAGAAAAUUAACUUCAGUAAACUUAAAGGAAAGAAACUUAAAGCAAAUCCAAAUAGUAAGUUGAAUGGGAAGCAGUGGUUGGUGUAACAUUUUAGCAUUUUUCUAUUUCUGUUUCACAGUCGGAUACCCAGAGUUUAUACACUAAAUGCUUUAUUGUACAGAUUUUAAGAACUGUCUUUGUCUUUCCAUACAUAAUUUGGUAUUACACAACCAAGGUUAUGAAGUAUUUAUUCACUGUAGAACAAUGGCAUCUUUUGUUAUCGUGUAUUAAUUAUCUUUAAAAAUUUCAAGACUUGAUUGUUUUGGGGUUUAUUUUCCUUCUUUUCUUAUCCACAUUGAAGUGAUUUACAUGAGUAGUUAGGCUAACAAAUUUUGUUAGUAUAACCAAUGAGCUUGUUGUACCAAAGAUUUGGUCUACAAUGCACUUGUUUGGUUGUUACUUUUCAGUGUCACAAUUUAAAAGUAAACAUAUCAUUGACUUAGCAGUAAGGAAAUUGUCAGGAUUCACACAUACAGUUUGUCAGGAGUAGAGUUGUUAGUCACUUUUUUAAUUUUUUGCACCUGUGCCGUUGCUGUGUACACAUUUCAGUUGUCUGAGAUGCACUGCUAAACAAAUAUGAAAUGUUACAGUUAAUGGGCUUCUCUUUUUUUUUCAGUGUCAGUUUGAAAUAAAGCUGUGAGAUUUUUUAACACUUAAAAACACACAAGUUACUUAAGUCUAGUUCAUUUUAAGAUGUGACAUUUUAAGGAGCCUAAUAUGUAUGAAAACACCUGCAAUGAGGAUAAGUCGCUGGCCGCAUACAUACAAGUUAAUCAAGGAAAUGUUUUUGUGCUGCUAAUUAAACUGCUUUUGAACCUUUAUGUAAUGUUAUGUUGCAAACUUAAUUGAGGGUAUCUUAAGUGAUGUAAGCCGUACGGAUACCGUCAACUGAUUUGUAGAUAUUUUUCUCUUUGGUGUCGAGUAAGGUCAAUGUGUCACUGGGUAUCCGACGUUCUCUAUCAAGUUUUAACAGCUGUGGCCAGCAGAAAACAUUUGAUUAAUCUGGUAGAUAAAAAUUCAUCCACUGAUCUGGAAACCGGCUAAUGUGCAUCCUAUUAAACUAAUUACUCUUUUCUCAACAAACACACAGUUAAACGAGACUCACUGUGCAUUUAGUCUCUCAUAAACCGCAUUGAGAACAAGGCCACAGCUAUCAUAACUUUUUUUUGGUGGGGGGGGGGGUUGUUUUUUUUUAAAAAAUCUCAGCUUUGUUUGCAAGUCAGCAUUACAGUGGCUUGGUCCCAGCAAUAUGAAGUACUGUAAACUACAGCUGACCAGUAGAUGCUAUACCAACCACAGCCAGCAAACGGAUUUCUCUUUUAGAAUUGUGGACAUUUAUAGUUCAGGGAAUAUCUUUACAAUGUUUUGUAAAA